AUGGGUUUGAAGCCGUAUUUGGGCCUCCGCGGCAAUACUCUGCUCAGAGCUGCUGUGAUGCUGGUCGUGUGUCCGACCUUUACCUGCUAUGGAUACAAUAUGAGUGUUGCUGGUGGUCUAUUGACCCUUGACGCGUUUAACAACCAGUUCCCGCGGAUGGACACAAUCCACACUACGGGAGCUCUGGAGCAGGAAAACUCAACAAUUCAAGGCACGGUUAUUGCUCUUUACACCGUCGGCGGUAUUUUCGGUGCCCUCUCAUGCGUCUACCUUGGUGAUCUGCUCGGCCGGAAAAAAGUCAUCUUCUUCGCCAACCUUGUCGGUAUCGGCGGAUAUGUGGCCACUGUUCCGGUCUGGCAAUCGGAGAUCUCUCCCGCACACAAGCGAGGAUCUAACGUGGUGACUGAUGGUAUCUUUGUCGGGAUCGGAGUCACUGUGGCCCUUUGGAUUGACCUGGGCUUCUAUUUCGUCAAGAAUAGCUCCGUUUCUUGGCGAUUUCCUUUGGCUUUCCAAGUCCUUCUCUCAGCCAUCGCCAUGAUCUUCAUCACCGUUAUGCCCGAGUCGCCCCGCUGGCUCAUCAAGACCGGACAGCAGGAGAAAGCGCGCCACGUCAUGGCUGCCCUUCAGGACUUGGACCCUUACUGCGAAGAAAUUACACACAGCAUUGCUCAAAUCGAGACCACCCUGGCCGUCUGUGGUUCUUCCUCAUGGAAGGAUAUGUUCACCAACGGCGAGAAACGUCUGUUUCACCGCGCCUACCUCGCCGCCACUGGCCAAAUGUUCCAGCAAAUGUGCGGUGUCAACUUGAUCACCUACUACGCCACCACCAUUUUCCAGCAGUACCUCGGCAUGGAUGCCGUCAAGUCCCGCAUUUUGGCUGCCGCUAUGGGCCUGAUGCAACCCUUUGGAGGAUUCCUCGCUUUCCAGACCAUCGACCGCCUCGGUCGUCGUCCUCUCAUGUUGUACAGCGCUGGGGCUAUGGCCGUCUGCAUGGCCCUGCUCGCUGGCUGCACUUCCGAUUCCGCUGCUGAUAGCACAGGAGCUCUCAUCGUGGCUGUCAUCGCCCUGUACUGUUUCCAAUUUAUCUUCACCGUCGGAUAUUCUGGCUUGACCUUCCUUUACGCUGCGGAGAUGGCGCCGCUUCAAGUACGAGCCGCCGUCAGCGCCGUCUCUACUGCCACCGUGUGGGUCUUCAACUUCCUCCUGGCCGAGGUAACCCCGGUCGGCUUCUCCUCGAUCGGUAGCCGCUAUUACAUUGUUUUCGCGUGCGUCAACGCUUGCAUCGUACCCGCGGUCUACUUCUUCUUCCCAGAGACGAAAGGCUGCUCAUUGGAAGAGAUAGAUGAGAUCUUCAUCCGAUCCAAGAGCAUUUGGGAUCCUCCCAAGGUGGCGCGUCAGAUGGCACUGGAGCGCAGCGUCCAGGUUGGACAGCCUGACUGCGAGAGCAGCGGUGAUCACAACGGCUCCAAUGAUGACGAAUACGUCAAGCAGGAGCUCAAGUCUUAA